AUGUCUUCAACGAAUACCCCAAUCGCACUCGCUAUCGCUACUCCUGCACCAUCUUCAUCCGCAUCGUCUCCCCCCUCUUCAACUCCGCCUACUUCUUCGUCCUCCGCUCUUCUUCAGCGGAGAAAGUCAGUACGGUUCAGCAGAUUUGAGAAAGUAUAUUAUACCCAUUCUCCUGUUGACUACGAUCGGUCCUCUAUCUUGACAACGCUCAAGGAGGA